AUGAACGACUCAGGAGAUGAUGAAUGGAAGGAUAGAAAAGGUGGAGGUGGAGGUCGAGAGGUCUUUGAUGGUUACUUGCAGGUUGGAGGUUUCCUCGGACAAGACGUUGAUUCGGCUGGUGUACUAAGGAGGUUACCGGAGUCGGCCCGACUUGUUUUUGUUAUUGUAAACAACGCUAGAUCGGCAAAGAUGAGGCUCGGCCGCUCCACCCAAGCUCAUCUUCUUGGCACCGAUUAUGUAUCAAAAUCUUCCAAAGCCCUCCGAGCAGAGGCCACCCGGCGCCAAACAAAACCCUACGUCCUCCACACUUUCCACGACCCCUCUUCCCUCCAAGACUGCAAGUUGAUGUCCGAUCGCGAUAUCGGCGGCUUCACUCGCGCCCACCUCGACUGGAUACCCCCCGCCACAUCACCCCCCUCCCCCUCUCCCUCUGAGAACAAGUAUGGGCACGCCAAGUUCCACGGCAGCAUCUCCAUUGAGCUGCCAGCCAACAGACCGCACAUCCAACGAACGGGAUAUGCUGCGUGGCGCACGAAAGACAGGCCCUUCACCAUAUUCGGGAAGUCUUUCUGGAACAUCGACCCUUACGCUUAUCUCGCAUUACGGAUCAAGAGCGACGGGAGGAAGUACUUUGUCAAUAUACAGACGGAAAGCAUUGUGCCUACGGAUAUACACCAACACAGAUUAUACGCGCGGAGGCCGGGAGAAUGGGAGACGGUAUUGAUCAAGUGGAAUGAGUUUGUAAGGACGAACCAUGGUAUUGUGGUUGAGCCGCAGUCGGAGAUGCUCAGGCAGAAAGUUAAGACAGUGGGCAUCGGACUCAUUGAUAGAAUACCCGGACCAUUUGAGUUGUGUGUGGAGAGGAUCUGGGCUUCGAACGGGCUGGGGCAGGAGCUGAGGAAGGAGGAUGAUAGGAUCGAGGAAGGGCAGUUGAAGAGCAAACAUGGAGAAAAGAUCAGAUGGAAUGAGGAGAAGCCUACGAAACCGCCGUCAUGA